AUGGAUGGGUGGACCUCUUGUACCCAACAACCCUACAUCACCGUAACUGCACAUUGGAUAAACCCCGAUUGGAAAAUGAAUCGUAUCUUACUUGACUUUAUCUCAUUUAAUGAAACCCAUACUGCAAUCAACCAAGCUAAUGCGAUCAUCAGAAUUUUAAAGAAAAUGAAUUUUGGUCAAAAACUUUUAAAAAUCACAACCGACAAUGCUGCCAAUAUGCUUUCUAUGGGGCGUAUUCUAAAAGAAAAAAUUAGUGAUGAAUUUGAUAAUCAAGAU